AUGGGAUCCGCUCACGGCAUUUCAAUAAACAUCUGCGGCCGCGGCGACGCCAAACUUGGCGAUGGCCCCUCCCACAUGGGAAUCGCCAUCUACAAACAUGGCUCCUCAACCUGCGAAAUGCACCAUAUACGCAACCCUACAGACGAAGACUUCGUCUACGAUCCGCGGCCACAGCCGCUCGAAGACCCGGUUCUUAAAGGUCGUUGCGAGCUUGCUUCUCUCUCCUCUGAGCAGAGUGAACAAGCUGCUAGCCUGCUCUCCGCCUUUGGGAACGAUGAAUCUCACAUCCCCGAGUUCGGGGUUGGAAAUUGUCAAGACUGGGUUGCCGGUGCUGCUGGAAUGCUUGAGAACGCUGGUGUUGUUUCUUCUGGAGAAGGGUCAUUUUGGAAGAAUAUGAUUAACAGAAGUUCGGAGGAAAUGAAGAAUGAGUGUCUCCGGAUGGGGAAGACAUGGAUAGAUGGCCCGGAGUCGACAUAUGAAGGGGAGCCUGAUGCAAAGUUUGUGGACAGAGAACGGGAUACAGUGAAGCCUGUUGGGAAGUUGGCUCAGAAUGAUCUCUUUCGAACGCGAAUGCAGUCGCUUUUGGGCUCCAAGGGGGAUGGAGAGAGUGAUAUUGACAAAACGCCUGUUGAACGGCCGUUUUAUGUGUCGAGUCCUUUCUUUAGUAAGAUGGCCGAGUGA